AGUUGUUUUAUUUGUUAUGUUAUGAUAGUAUCUCAAACACGAUUUACAAAAAUGACUCAUUCCGGAAUUUAAGACGAUUCGUUUAAGUUAUAUAAAAUGUAUCUAGAUACAUACGAGCACUAUCAACCGCCACACCAAUACAAUUAAGAGAUUAAAAACAAAUUAAAACAAAAUUUCCAUAAACAUGCCAAAGGGAAGUACAAACUCUGAAAAUGUUCAUUUCGAUUUCAGAGGAAGAACGGGCGAUACGUCAACAUCGACCAUUAACAGCGUUGGUAGUGUCAAAGCUGCGAGUGUUCGUUCAAGCCCAACCACUAGCGUUACUGGCAAUUUUAUCGGAAGUGCGAAAACCGGCCCUUUCAACAAUCAUCAAUAUUCAAAUAUUCAAAUCGAUUCGAGUAAGACGUUAAUUCUCUCGAAAUUCUUCAAUACUUCCUCCUCCGGUGGAGCCGACUCGAUUCCGGCCUACGAAAAUCUUUGCUCCGGAUGCGGCUAUGGGGUAUUCGGAGCUCGCGGAGACUUGUGCAAUUUCUGUCAGUAUGUUUUAAAUGGGUGUCCCCAAGAUAACAUUUAUGAAAAUAUAUGCGAUAAGUGCUCUCAAUUGUUUAGCGGUGACGAGUGUUUGGCAUGUUUGAGUUUGGAAAACAACAAAAACAAACACAUUAAUACACAUAAAUACGAUAACACAAACACCAACGUCAACGUCAAUUCAAGUUGCUCGAAGAAGAAAAAGUUAAAAAAGCGUUUGAUUCACAGUCUUCUCGGGUCUUUGAAGCGAGUUAAGUCGUUUAAUGCAUCUACGCCGUUAUCGUCGUCGUUGUCGUCGCCGCAGCGUCAAACUCCAUCGUCAUCAUCAUCAUUAGGCAAUGUAAAAUCCCCUAUUCGCAAUCGGAAAUUACAAAUCGUUCACAAUGUCGACGGAUUUGAAAAUGUUUUUUGUACAAAUGAAACGUUCGAUCUAAAUCGCAUUUGUGAGCUUAAACAACAACAAAAGCAACAAAAACAACAACUCAAAGCUAGUACUAGCGAUCAUCAUAUCUAUGGCAAAUUGCGCAUAAGCGAGGAUGAUCAUUUGCAUCAAGCACGAUUUAAAUGCAUAAAACAGAAAUCACAAUCGGACGAUUAUCUAAUCAGUGCUAGCGGUGGAAUAGGAAUAGGAAUUGAAAUAGCCGACAAUAGUAGUGUAUAUUGUAGCACCUCCCUAAAUAGUCACGAUUCAUUUGAUAUUGAUAACAAUAACUAUUCAUUAUCGUCGUCGUCGUAUUUGCAUAUACGAAGUAGUGUUAGUGAAUGGAUGACGUCAUUGCGGUGUGAAACCCACGAUUAUUAUAGUUUUGGGGCGCCCGACACGAUUCUUAGUAAUCCAAAAAGUAUUCCUGGGAAUUUCGCAGAAUUUUGUGCUGCUUCAUCGUUUGUAUUUUAUCCCAAACACAAGUACUUAGCAUACGGAUACGAUCAUCAGAUGCAAACAAAAAGCGAAUCAUUAAGUCGUCAGGUAGACGCAGAAUUCACACAACAAAUGGUUAAUGAGUUUAAACGGAAUCUCAUGGAGAAACCAGGGCCACACAAUAGUGUUGCUUACCAGCAGCAGUUGAAAACAAAGCGUCACGGUAUUCACCUGAAACUCGACGAUAUUGAAAACAAACAAUUAAAACUGCCUGAGCUACAACAACAACGAGUACAAAAUAAUUUUCAUCCAGUAGACGUCAACUUCAACUUCAACGUGAACGCUAACGUUAAUGAUGACAAUCUAGUUCGGAUGGUGGGAGAUCACCAUCAGCAGCAGCGGAACGUUGCCGCUGAAAGUAAUAAUAAUUAUUAUUGCUUAUUGCAGCCUUCUGCGCAGGCUCAAGCCAUAGCUCUGGCUGCAGGUCUGAAUGGUGGUCGACGUGAGCCGGAGCAUCAGUUGAAUAAAAGGUGCUGUAUCUACGAGAAAGAUUCGGAUUUUGUUAGUGAUAUUCUGCAGGUUUUCGAUUCAAUUCUUCUUCGUGAAUCAAAUAAUAAUUCCCCCUCAUCUUCGUCAUCCUCAUCAUCUUUGUCAUCGUCAUCGUGCGUCCCACAAAAAACAAACGAAUUAAAAAAUUGUGAAAAUAAUCAAGUGGUUAAUGAAAUUUUCUCAAAUGUCGCACCCCAUUCAGAAACAAGUAGUGAUUCAAAAAUAUUAUGUUCAGUUUCAGUAACAGUUUCGUCGCAAUCACGAACACAGCAAAUUAAUCUCGAACAAAUCAUCUGUGAAUUGGUGCUUUCGAAAAGUCUAAACAAACUGGUUAUAACUUAUGAAAUUCCCCUUAAAUGGUUCCUAAGUGGCGUUAGUAAUUCAGCGUAUCUUUCAAAACAACUUCCAUAUUCUCCCACAUUGAAAAAGAUAUUCCGUCGGUUUCAAGUGUUUUUGAGUAGAAAACAGAAGCAAAAUACUCCAGUUCGAAUGAGAGUUGUGUCAAGUGAUCGGUGUGUGAGUAGUGCUAGUGUGGCAAGGUCAUUAGAAACCAGUCAACCGGAACGCGCAAUUCCAUCAGCAAUCGAAAAUAAUUACAUUAUUAAACGGAAAGCACCACUGCCACCACCACUUCCGCCACCGCUUAGGAAAGAUUCUCUGAAUUCGAAUUCCAACGCAAAAAUGACAGUGCCCAAUGGAACGUCCAACACAAAGGCCGACAAUGAGGAAAAGGAAGAACCCAUCUACCAACCAAUAUGGAAGUUCAAGACUUUGGGUGAGGUCCAACAGACCGACAUCACAGAUGUGUACUUUGACGAUCACCAUCGCAACUUGCCCAGAAGAUGUGACUCAUAUACUUCUCUGAGCGAGACUGAUCGAGCCGAUGAUGUUGAAGAUCUCGAUGAAUGGGAGCCCGAUGACGAAUUUACAUUCACUACCAAGUUGGUCGCGAGGGCUAGUGCUGCGGCCGGUGGUGGCGGUGGCGGUGACAAGGAGGCGGACACCAUCAGUGUGAAUACAAUACAAUCGUCCGUCAGUGGAAGUACCAUAACUGGAUAUGCUAGCAGUGUUAGUACGAUGACUUUGGCUUCGGCUUCGUCGACGUCCAGCGCUGUCGGUGGAAACUUCACACAUCACUUGUUUAGGAACAUAUGCAUAUUCUAUAGCCCCAAAAAUCCCAAACUACGUGCCGUUCUAUACGAGUACGAUCGGAAUCGCUGUUCUAGCUAUUUUGCGCACCAGAUGCCGCCAUCAGUUCCAUUGCUAAUGCCUGCCUCCUCUACGUCGUCGUCGUCGUUGUCGUUGUCGUCAUCGUCAUCGCCUUCGUUCAUUAAGAAGACAAGGCGAGGUGGUGUAAAUUGUGGCGGUAUUGAUACGAAUGGUUCUACUUCUACGCCAACGACAAGUGCGGAUUAUUAUUACGAUCGCGACGCCGCCGCCGUGAAGCGAUCACCCUGCGAUGGAAAUAAGUUUUCAAAAAAGUCAAGUGAAAGUGCCAGCCAAAUACUAGCCGAUUCAGUUCAAGCGUGGAAAUAUUUGCUGUUGGAUGUAAAUUAUCUCGAGGAUGAAGAAGACAUGAUCGUUUCCGAAAGUCAAAUAUUAAAAGCUCAAACAAUCAAAGAAAUGGAUAGCACUCUACCCCAAGUUGGGGUUCUUCAAAAAUUCAAAAGCAUAUCAAGUGGAAAUUUACUUGAUAUACCAGUUCAAGAGGACAAAAAGUCAAUUGCUGAAAGAAUGAAAAAUAAAUUUCAACGAAGCGCUUUAUUAAAAAUAUCACCGAAAGCUGGCAAAAAAAGUCGUAAAAUGCUUAAAGGCAAUGAAGCAACUAGUCUAUACCUAGAAGAUGGAAUACAACCAAAGUACCCCAUAUUCAAAGCACCAUUAGAGCUUUUAGAAAUGAAUGAAACCUCAUAUCCCGAUGUACCACGUUUUGUUGUUGAUUGCAUCGAAUAUAUCGAACAAAAAGACUGCAUCCAAAUGGAUGGUUUAUAUAGAGCCUCUGGCAAUAAAUUGGCUAUAGAUGAACUUAAACAAAAACUUACCGAAAGUUAUAUAUACGAUCCGAAACUAUUAGUUACCGACGAUAUUCAUACGUUGACUAGUCUUUUAAAAUUGUUCUUUAGAGAAUUGGGCUCUCCACUUAUACCGCAUGAUACUUAUAAAUCUUUUCCACCAACUAAAAACCUAAUGGAGCCAUCAGCAAUUGAGGAUAUCAAAAAAUCUCUACAAACAAUGCAAAAACCAAAUCGAGAAACUUUGAAAUUCUUAAUAAAACAUUUAACAACGGUUGCCCACUACAGCAGUGAGAAUCGUAUGCCUGCGUCAAAUUUGGCCAUAGUUUGGGGUCCCUGCAUUUUGGCUAUCAAUCAGAUAGAGUUCGACAUUGCCCGCAUGAAUACAAUAGCAAAAGUACUCAUAGAGAACUACGAUAAGAUAUUUGGAGAUAAUGAGCGAUUAGUCAGUUAGUUAUGUUUAUAGUUCUAGUUUUUUAAAAUUAAAGACAUUCCUAAUUCCAAAACAAACAAACCAACAAAAAAAAGAAAGAAACACAUUUUUUAAAACUUACAUACUAUAAAAAACCAAAAAUUAUUUGAUUAACCUUAGAGACAAAAUAAUUAUUGUAUUAAUUUAAGUAACAUUAUACAUAUUUUUUUAAGGAAUAGAUUAAUUCAUUCAUAUUAAACAUUAAAUUAAAAAAAAAAAAACAGUAGGCGUCAAUAUCUAAUUAAAUCUUAAAACUAUUUAUAUAUUGUGAUAUUUAUUUAAGUCUUGUUUGUUUUAUUUUUGUUUUUUUUAAAUUUCAACAUGAAACAUAAACUCAAAGAUAAGUUUAGUGUAUUUUAUUUUCCGGUGGAUUUACUUCAGUAUACGAAUUUUGAAUCAAAUCU